AUGAAUGACAUUGCACAGAAAACUGAGAUUCUGCUUUCUUCAUCUAAACCCGUCCAAAAGUCCUAUGUGCCCAAGCUUCACAAGGGUGAUGUAAAGGAUAAAUUUGAAGCUAUGCAGAAAGCAAGGGAAGAAAGAAAUCAAAGGAGAUCUAGAGAUGAAAAGCAAAGAAGAAAAGAACAAUAUGUUAGAGAGAGAGAAUGGAACAGGAGAAAGCAGGAGAUGAAAGAACUGCUCGCAUCUGAUGAAGAUGAUGAUACAAAAUUCUCUAAAACAGAAAAAGGUUAUGUCCCAAAGCUAAUAGGAACCGUUAAGGGCAAGUUUGCAGAAAUGGAGAAGCAGAGGCAAGAAGAAGAAAGAAAAAGAAUGGAAGAAGAAAGAAAGCGCAGAAUUGAGCAAGAUAUGAUUGAGAAAAGAAAAAUUCAAAGAGAAUUAGCAAAAAAAGCACAGGAGAUUGAUGACUUUAACAAUUCGGGAACUGAAUCAGCAGCUGAGGAAGGGGAUGACUCACUACUAGUUACAGUAGUGCCUGUAAAACCCACCAAGUCACCUGGAAAGAUGAAGAUCAACUGUGAGAACACAGGAAAGGAGAGAGCAGAACAAAGAAAGAGACAGGACGAAGAAAAGCUAAAACAUGAGGAACAAAACCAGUUCCUUAAGGAAACCAAGUGCCUUUCAUUUGCCACGGGUGAAAAUGAAGACAAUGAAACACAAGGGCCUCUGUCUUCUGGUAAGCUGAAAGUAACAUUUGAAGAACUUGAAAGACAAAGACAGGAAAACCAAAGGCGACAAGCAGAGGAGGAAGCAAGACAGCGUUUGGAAGAGGAAAAACGAGCCUUUGAAGAAGCUAGACAGAGAAUGGUGAGUGGUGAUGAAGAAUCUGAAAAUUCUGUUAAAGAAUUCCGCCCUGGUAAACUCAGACUCAGUUUUGAGGAGAUAGAAAGACAGAGGAGAGAGGAAGAAAAGAGGAAAGCAGAAGAGGAUGCAAGACGACGCAUGGAAGAGGAGAAAAGAGCAUUUGCUGAAGCAAGGAAGAACAUGGUGCUGGAUGAUGAAUCACCAGAAAUGUUUAAAACAUUUUCUCAAGAAUCUCUCAUACCUGGUAAACUGGAAAUUAAUUUUGAGGAGUUGCUGAGACAAAAAAUGGAAGAAGAAAAAAGACGCACGGAAGAAGAGCGCAGGCAAAAGUUGGAAAUGGAGAGGCAAGAAUUUCAGCAGUUGAGACAAGAAAUGGGAGAGCUGGAAGAAGAGUGUGAAACUUUCGAGCUAAGCAAAGAAUAUGAAGAAUUAAUCAAGCUCAAAAGAAGUGGUUCUAUCCAGGCAAAGAACUUAAAAAGCAAGUUUGAAAAAAUAGGGCAAUUGUCUCAACAAGAAAUACAGAAGAAGAUUGAAGAAGAGCGAGCUAAGAGAAGAGCAAUGGAUGAGGAAAUAAGAGAAAGGGAAGCUGAAAAAUUUCAAGAGGAUGAUGAUGUAGAUGUCAGACCAGCCAAGAAGUCUGAGGCUCCAUUUACUCACAAGGUAAACAUGAAGGCACGUUUUGAGCAAAUGGCAAGAGCCAGGGAAGAAGAGGAGCAGAGGAGGAUUGAGGAACAGAAACUACUACGUAUGCAGUUUGAACAAAAAGAAAUUGAUGCAGCAUUACAGAAGAAAAGAGAAGAGGAAGAAGAAGAAGAGGGAAGCAUUAUUAAUGGUUCUACUUGUGAAGAUGAGGAGGAUCAAGCUCGGUCUGGAGCUCCCUGGUUCAAGAAGUCACUGAAAAACACAUCAGUUGUUGAUGGAGAACCAGUGAGAUUUACAGUUAAAAUUACUGGAGAACCAAAACCUGAAGUUACAUGGUGGUUUGAGGGGGAAAUGUUGCAGGACUCUGAGGACUAUCAAUACAUUGAAAGAGGAGAAACCUAUUGCCUUUACUUGCCAGAAACCUUCCCCGAAGAUGAAGGAGAAUAUAUGUGUAAAGCAGUCAACAACAGAGGCUCAGCUGCUAGCACCUGUAUUCUCACCAUUGAAAGUAAGAGUUAGCAUUUUCAUUUCCUUAACUCUCAAAUAGUCUUCCUGUAUCUGUCCUGUUAUGAGAAUCUAAUUAUCUGUUUCUCUUAACCCAUUUUCUAUUUUCUAGCUGAUGACUACUAAUGCUCUGCUUUAGCUGGAAUCUUUCUUCCCCUCAACUUUCUUACUGCAUCAUCUCUUUCUCUGAUGGGGCCAACUAAAGAAAGCAAGGAUAUGCAUUGAUUUGUCAUUCCUGCAUCAGAUAAGAAUAACCUUCCAAUUGUGAGCAUCCAGGUUCCCUACUCAAUGCAAAAAUUGGUAUUAAAGGCUAAAAAGAAGGAAUCAAUGUAUGAAAGAUCAACUAAAGGAGAAAGCUGAAUUCUAUGUGCUCCCACAUUUAAAGACCAACUGUUGUGUAAUAGUAUAAAGCUGAAUACACAAUUUGGAAACUUGUGUAGUAGUGUAAUUGGUAUAUUUUGCAUGAGCACUGAGUAUUUAAGCUGUUUUACUUUAUCCCAGAGCAUUGAACUGGCAAAAGGAAAUACUUAUUGAUUUUCAAAAACCCAAGUGUACUAUUUUUAAAGAAUAAAAGAUUAC